AUGGAAAGCCCGCUCUACCUACCCCACGGUGAAGUUGCGUCAGCAAAGCUAGACAGGAACCAUCUCCUCUCCGAGGCGCUCGAGACCAUUGUCCGGGACUACCCGCCGCAAGAUAGCUAUGGCCAACCGCUCAAGGGCCUCUGGAACGGGCCGACCAGCAUCGCCUACCUCUUCCUCCACGUCGCGGCGGCGCGUCCCGAGCUGCUCGUCGCCUCGCGGCCCGCUCGUCACUGGGCCCAGGCCUACCUGGGUGGGACGCGGGACCCCGAGGCCAUGGUGUUGGAGCCCUCGGCGCGCUGCGGCAUCUCGUCCGAGGUCCUGGCGUGGCAGGCGGUGCGCGCUUCUCUCUCGGGCGAUCCGGCCCACGUUGCCGCGUUCCUCUCACACGUCCCUGCCGUCGUCGACGGACCAGCCGAGGCCGAGUGGCAUUCGGGUCGGGCAGGCAUGUUGUAUCUGCUGCGCAUGAUAUGUCACUGGGUGCCAGAGAGUGCGCCGCUCCUCCAGGAAGCCACGGCUCUGGUGCGAGGAAAGAUCGUGGCCGAGGGUCCGGACUGGGAGUUUAAGGGUCAGCGGUAUAUUGGGGCGGUGCACGGAGAUAUUGGCACACUGACCCAGGUCGCGCUGUCUGGGCCGACGGUGGACGAAAAGAAAAAGCUGCAACAGUGGCUGGCCCGGCUCCUGGACUGGCAAAAGCAAGACGGCAACUGGCCCGUCAAUGAGCAAGUUGAUCCGCGCCCCUAUGUUCAGUUUUGCCACGGAGCACCCGGGUUUGUUCAGAGUCUCAAGUCGAUUCGGCCUCUGUUCCCUGAACUCGAUGACGAGAUCAGCCGCGCCAUAACCCUCGGCAAUGAGCUCGUGUGGAGGGAAGGACUGCUGAAGAAGGAACCCAACUUGUGCCACGGAGCCUUUGGAAACUGUUUAACUCUGCCACCGACCCAGCGAGACGUAUUCCUCGAACUAGCGACACCAAGGAGCGUUGCCGAGGCAAGGCUCCAAGAUGAAGCCCACUUUGAAAAGGCAAACUAUGGCUGGGAGUUUUCCCUGUUGACCGGAUACUGGCCGGGAGCAGCGUGGGCAUGGCUAGUUGGUGAGGAGCCUGAAGCUCGUUUCAUUGGAUACAAUGAUGUAUAA